CCCUAAUCCAUUUUCCGUUUAUCCUUCCGAAUUCCGAUAUCUAUUCCAACAGCAAAAAUUCCGAAUCCUCCAUCCAUUCCCAUUUCCCUUCCCCCGAUUUUGCUCCCCACAAACCACCGUCGCAACGGCCAACGAACUCCUCCCGAUCAUGGGUUUCCGCGCUCUGUUCCACCGGAAAAAGUCCAAAAAAUCGGCCUCUUCCGAGGACUCCCCCGCCGCCGUGGCAUCAUUCACCGGAUCCGGCUCCCCUCCGCCGCCGAUGCUGCGGUGCCCGGUGGAGGAGCUGGAGCAAGUCUUCCGCAAGUUCGACGUCAACGGCGACGGCAAGAUCUCCGCCUCCGAGCUCGGCUCCAUCAUGUCCAGCCUCGGCCAGAAGGCCGGCGAGGAGGAGCUCCAGAAAAUGAUCACCGAGUUCGACGCCGACGGAGACGGGUUCAUCGAUUUCAAGGAGUUCGUGGAGCUCAACACUCAGGGGGUUGGUUCCGAGGAGGCGAUGGUCAAUUUGAGGGACGCGUUCUCCGUCUACGACAUCGACGGCGACGGGUCAAUUACCGCGGAGGAGUUGCACAAGGUCAUGGGCAGUCUGGGCGAGGAUUGCUCCAUCGCCGAGUGCCGCAAGAUGAUCAGCGGCGUCGACAGUGACGGCGACGGGACGAUUGAUUUCGAAGAGUUUAAGAUGAUGAUGAUGAUGGGAUCGAGAUGGGAUUCCAUUCAAGAUCGCGGAGCUGUGAAGGCCUGACCUUUUUUUCCCCUGCGGCGGCGAAAACCUAGAUCUGUAGGUAUUUUAAAAUUUCUUUCAGUUUUGAUUUUUUUCUGCCAUUUUCCCCCCCUUUUGGUUUUUCUCCGUUUUCUUCCCCUUUAAUUGAUGGGAGGAAUCACCAUACAAAUGCUAUUGUGAAUAUCUCUCUGAUGCAAUACAUAAUGGCCAUUGAUGGAAAUGAUCCAGAGCUCUGUCUCUCUUUCAUUUUGUUGAAUUAAUUGGAAGCGAUUGAGUUAUUUCCAUGAGUAACUGAACUUGCAUAAACUCUGGAGAAGCCA